CGCAGGAGACAAUCCUUCAGUCCUGCUCAGAAGUUUUCUCAAAAGGGCGGCGCUCUUCUCGCGCGCGCAGUUAAAGAGCGCGCUCCCGACCGGAGCGGAACGAGCGCAAUGCCUCGCGCGUUUUACCUCACACCACGGGAACUUAACGGGACCGCGUCCGAUGCGAAGAAGACAUUAACGCCUGAAGAGCGCUCGUAGGCAGUGCGCGCACGCGUGUGUGUGUGUGUGUGUGUGUGUCGUGGUGUGUGUGUGUGUGUUUGUGUGUGCGCCGCGUUGGGUCAGUGGUGGGAAACGCGCGGACACCAUGGCCGCUCGGCGCAGCUCGGUCAGCGGGCUCAUGCAGCAGCCCGAGGCGCCGAGCUCCAGCGACUCCCCGCCGCCGCACGGCUCCGACGACGAGGAGCAGCACGGCGGAGCGGCGGCGCCCCACGACCCCGAGUGGACUGAGGAGAGGUUCCGGGUCGACCGCAAGAAGCUCGAGCUCAUGCUCUUAGCUGCCGCUGAGGGGAGGGUGAACGGAGGCGAGGAUUUCUUUCAGAAGGUCAUGGAGGAGACCAAUACUCAGAUUGCAUGGCCUUCAAAGUUGAAAAUAGGUGCCAAGUCUAAGAAGGAUCCACAUAUCAAAGUAAGUGGGAAAAGGGACGACGUGAAAGAAGCUAAGGAGAAGAUCAUGUCUGUCCUCGAUACUAAGAGCAAUCGCGUGACUCUGAAAAUGGACGUUUCACACACUGAGCACUCACACGUCAUUGGCAAAGGAGGCAACAACAUCAAGAAGGUGAUGGAGGAUACAGGCUGCCACAUCCAUUUCCCUGACUCCAACCGCAACAACCAGGCAGAGAAGAGCAACCAGGUGUCUAUUGCAGGCCAGCCAGGAGGAGUGGAGGCAGCUCGGGCCAGGAUCAGGGAGCUGCUGCCUCUGGUGUUAAUGUUCGAGCUGCCGGUCAUAGUACAGCUGAACCCUGACCCCAGCUCUCCAGCCAUCCAGCACAUCUCUCAGACAUACAACAUCUCUGUCGCCUUCAAGCAACGUUCUAGGCUCUACGGUGCUACUGGGGUUGUGAGGGGCUCCCAGAACAACAUUGCAGCUGUGAAGAGGGGCACGGCCAUGUUGCUGGAGCACUUAGCUGGGAGCCUGGCAAGCGCCAUUACCGUGAGCACACAGCUCGACAUCGCGCCCCAGCACCACCUUGCCAUGAUGGGCCGCAAUGGCAGCAACAUCAAACACAUCAUGCAGAGAACUGGCGCUCAAGUGCACUUUCCUGAUCCAAACUGCCCGCAAAAAAAAUCGACCGUCUAUAUCCAGGGCACCAUCGACUCUGUUUGCCUGGCACGCCAGUACCUCAUGGGCUGCCUGCCGCUGGUGCUGAUGUUUGAUAUCAAAGAGGAUGUUGCAGUAGAUCCACAGUGUGUCACAUCUCUCAUGGAACAGCUGGAUGUGUUCAUCAGUGUCAAACCCAAACCCAAACAGCCUAGCAAGUCAGUGAUAGUGAAGAGUGUGGAGAGGAACGCUCUGAACAUGUAUGAAGCCCGGCGCUAUCUGCUGGGCCUGGACAGCAGUGGAGUGUGUGUAUCCGUCUCCACCUCCUCCAGCAGUAGUAGCAGCAGCAGCAGCCCUCCGUCCGCUCUGACCCCGACUCUCAGCUGCCCUGUGGGCAUCGACAUCCUCACCUCUGCCGGCUUGGGUCUCACCAGCCUGGGUCUGCUUGGUCCUACAGCAGCUUCUCUAAGUGCUCCGUCCACCCCCAACUCUCUCCUUAAUGCGCUUAACAGCUCCAUCAGUCCACUGCAUGUCCCCUCCUCUGGAACACCUAGUCCUACACUUUGGUCCAACUCACUGGCCAGUCCAACCAGCACACCAGGUUUUUCAUCACCACUGAUGAUCCAUCCAGCCACUCAGGCCACACUGACCAACAUCCUGCUCCAGAGUUACACACAGAAUACACCGUCUCCUCCACCCGGCCUUGCCCCAAUAGAUCCACAGGUCAAUGGAGUCACAGACUGCAGCAAGGCCGUGUCCUCCCUCAAUGGCAAGCACUCCAGCUCUAUGUACAACAGAAUGUCCACUUCCUCACUGGCUGAUAAAGUUCUGAAUGCAGCACAUGGAGAUCCUGUCCAGGACGCCAGUACACACUGUCCAUCUGAACCACUGUCCAGCAAGUCCAGUCAGGACCAAGGAUCUGAUACUUUUGUGGAGGUGGGCAUGCCGCGGAGCCCCUCACACUCGGGCAACAGCAGUGAACUAAAGCAGAUGUUGGCCUCCUGUAAAACAGCCUCAGGCAAGAGGCAGGCUGUGGAGUUACUUCAGGGCACAAAGAACUCUCAUUUACAUUCAGACUGUUUGCUUUCCGACUCGGACUCCAGUGCUUCUGAGAGUCCCGUGGCAGAUAAACGGGCUCCGGGCAGUGAGAGAGCAGCCGAACGAGCCGCCCAGCAGAACUCGGAGCGCAUCCGUCUCCCACCGCAGUCCUCUUUCUCCAACAUGCAGGCCUUUGAUUAUGAGCAGAAGAAGUUGCUGGCAACCAAAGCCAUGCUGAAGAAGCCAGUAGUGACGGAGGUGCGAACGCCAACAAACACAUGGAGCGGCCUGGGUUUCUCCAAGUCCAUGCCUGCGGAAACCAUUAAGGAGCUGCGCAGGGCCAACCAUGUGUCCUACAAGCCUACCAUGUCCACUACCUACGAGGGAUCUCCGCUAUCGCUGUCACGCUCCAACAGCAGAGAAGGAGUAGGAAGUGGCAGCGACUCGGACAACUGGAGGGAGAGGAACGGGAGCGGGCUCCCGUCACACAGUGAUUUCCCAACACCUAUCAGUCCCAAGAGGAAGCAGAACAAGUCAGUGGAACACUAUUUGAGCAGCAGCAACUACAUGGACUGCAUCUCCUCAGUGACCGGGAGUAACGGCUGUAACCUCAGCACCUCUCUGAAAGGCUCCGAUCUGCCAGAGCUCUUCAGCAAGCUGGGCCUAGGGAAAUACACCGACGUCUUCCAGCAACAGGAGAUCGACCUGCAGACGUUCCUCACUCUGACCGAUCAGGACCUGAAGGAGCUGGGCAUCACCACAUUUGGAGCACGCCGGAAAAUGCUGCUGGCCAUCUCAGAUCUGAACAAGAACCGAAGGAAACUCUUUGAGCCGCCAAACAUCCGGUCCUCGUUCCUGGAGGGGGGCGCCAGCGGGCGUCUGCCACGCCAGUACCAUGCCGACAUUGCCAGUGUGAGUGGGCGCUGGUGAGCCCUGGUCCAUCCGCCCUUGUGUUACUAAUGCACAGACAGCCUUAACUGCACAAAGCCAUUCCUGAUGCCUUAAUAAACAAUACUGGACCAAACCCUGGGAAUCAGUGCCAAAAACAAAAAAAAAAACCACAAAGAAUGUCUUUGGAAAGGAGGUUGAGUUUGGAGGACUCGUGUAAAUGUUGAUAAUUAUGUACAAUAUGGUACUCUAUGCAGUAUGGUACUCAUGUGGAAAUGAAGGGAAUGCUGAAGGAUUCAUAAAGCUCCUGCACUGUUGUUGUAUAAGGAGCUAUCUGUGUACUUAGUUCAAUUUUUUUUUAUUUAUAUCCUUGUCUUAGACUUGUGUCAUACUAAUUCUUUGCACUUUAAGAGUACUAAAUACUUUGCCUGUGGGCUGAUUCCUCUCUAGUCUGCCUUACAAGAUGUGCAUGGAGCAUAUAUAGCACUUAAAAGGUUUCGAUUAAGACCCUUCAAAUGAGGUUCUUUUUUUCAGCUUUUUAAUCACGAUGCAUUGGAACUCAGAUUGUUUACUUAGCAGUUUCUCUUAUACAAGAUGUAGUUCAAAGAGAAGUUUUAGGCCUCUUUGCUUAGCUGACACAAGGACAAAGACCCUGACUGCUGUCUCUCUGAUCAUCACCAACAAACCACAGGCCAGAGGUGUGCAUCGAGACUACGAUUGCACCAAAACUUUUACACUCAGUAAGGCUCCAUAUAAGAUCUUUCUACAUACAAAGAAAGUACACGGCAUUGCCUUAUUAUUGAGGGGAUUUUAGUUAAUUGCGUCAUUCUUAUGAUGUCAUGUUCCAGUGACAGCGAUGCAUUUAGCAUGAAUUUAGCAACCAUGCAAAAACCUGUUCACACUAGCUGGUGUAAUGCAGGAAAAAAAAGACAGGUAUAUUGGCUUAAAUUGCUUAUUUAUUUAUAUUUUGGAAAAUGUUACAAGUUCAUCUGGAAAUAUUGCAGAUGGCUAUAAACAGAAAUAACAGUAGGGAGCAUGUGGGAUUGGUCAGACUUGGGCAGCAGUGCCAACUUCUAUGGUUUAGCCAUAGAAUUUAUGACUUUUUUUACCCAUUUUCUCACUAUGGCGAUACUGGAGUUGCCUGAAAAUGAUGAUUUCAUACUUUUUUUUUUCAGAAAAAGCAGCAGUCAGAUCAAACAUGAAUAAAAUUCUCGAGGGGAAACCUGAAUUCACUGAAGGGGAAAGGACAUGUGACAUGCAUUUGCUCUUGGUAAUAGUUACUUUCAUUUCACGCUGACUUUAUCUAGGUGAAAUUUGACCUGUGAAUUUGCAAGUCUCGGAUUUGUCAGCCAGUAGCCUCUUUGAUUGUGGUAACUUUGUUAAAAAAAAAUGGAGGAGCUGCUUGUUAUUAAGUUCCCGGGCACAUCUGGCUUUUUUUUUUUCUCAUUCUUCUCUUAUUGUUUCUUGGAGCACAUCUGAAAGAAAAUAGCCGACCCACCCACUAACGUACUCUAGGCUUUUUUGUGGUAAUCUUUUGUUUAUGUUUUCUCUGUAACUUUUAGGAUUUUCUUGUUAGCAAUGUUGCCACCUCUACUUCCCUUCACACACCUCUACCAAAGGCUGAAACACACUCUCGAAUAUUUGAUCAAAUCCUGAGCAUUACUAAUGCAGCGCUUAGUUUGCAAGGUCUAGCUGUUUUAACUACCUCUUCAUCUGCCUUUCACCACUUUCUUUAUUUUACACACUUGUGUGUUUUAUCAGAUUAAUGCAAAAUGUAGGUCCCUUAUCUGACAUUGCAGAAGCAAGGGUACGAGUUUCCUAGACUUGUCAGCGAAUAUGCAUGUAAAGCUGUGAAUGUUGCCAGUCGUUCUCUUAAGGGUGAAUCCAUCAAGUGCCUUUUCGAAGCUUUUCAAAAACAUCUGCAGUAUUUCAUCAUGGUACAGCAUUUUUUGACACGGAUGUAGCUAAACCACUCAUGGAAUAAUCUCACAGAGCAUUGCUUAAUCUUUACAUGUAUAGUAUUAUUGUAUUUGCAUUUAAUUGUUCCAUAUGUUGUGUAUGACCUUACAUGUGAUUAGAGGUACUGUUGAAAUACAUAUUGUGCAUAUUGCAGUUUUAUAGUCUUUUAUACUUUUGCCUACUAGUUUGUCAUGGUCAUUUCCAGACAGCAGCGGAUGAUCAAUUAGCAGUUGGGUAUGUAGUGUUUGACUUAGGUUUUAUACCAAAUGGUAUGUACAAGUGGAAGAAAAACCUUCCUGUCAGUAUUAACUGCAAAAUCAAAUCAACCGACUAUGCAAAGAAAUCGCUUUGCCAUGUAAUGUAUGUUUUCUACUUAAAGCACCGCAGUCUUGUUCCAAUCAAGAUCACAGGCUGCCUGAUUUCAGUAUAUUGCUGCCUUAAUGUACCUGAUUAGUGCUUUGUAUGCAUCAAAUGCUAUUUUUUUAUUUGUGUGAUUUGUGAGUGACCAAACUGUAAUUGAUUUGUAGAUUUAUUUUUCUUUCACUCCCUAAGAGGAAAAAAUAAGGGAACAGAAAAAUUUUGUCUUAAUAUUUUGACAUGGCCUUGUGACCAGGGCCAGCACUUUUUCCUUUUUUUUUUUUUUUUUGAGGAUCUUGAGUCACAACCAAAUGAACAAAUGCUCCGUGAUAAUCAUGUACAGUAGAGUACAGGAUAACGAUAUCGGAGCAUUCGUAUUGCUGAUAAGGGAAUAAACAAAAGCACUAAUCUGUAUUGCUCUGCCAAAUGUUUUAUAAUCCCUGUCAUACAUAUCUGUUAGUUGGAUACAAUUGAGUUGGCCAGUGCCUUGCAAAUGACUCUUUCGGAAUCUGUGAGUUUGACACAGAUUAAAAAAAACACCUUGGUACUGUCAUGAUAUAAACUUGUAUUAAUGCCAUGAACAUGUGGUACGAUUGAAUGUUCUUUACAUGUUGGAAGCCUUGUUACAAAAGAAUAAAAUGUAUGCAAACUUUUCA